CUCAGGAAGCGAACCGGAAGCGGCCCGAGUUCAAUAUUAAUAAAGCUGAAUAAAUGUAAUUUAAUUGAAUUGUUUAUAAUUUAGAUAUUAAUGAAUAAUUAAAUAAAUCUGCAUGGAUUAUUCACCGCCGAAGAAGAGAAGCGGACUUCCGCGGGAAGUGUGGAAAUGGCUGCAGAGUCUCGAGCUCUCUAUUUCACCUAAAAACAUCCGGAGAGAUUUCUCUAACGGUUAUCUGGUGGCCGAGGUUUUUUCCUGGUAUUUCCCCGAGGAUUUCUCUCUACACUCGUACGAUAACGGAGCGUCACUCGGCACCAAGCAGAGCAACUGGACUCAGAUCGAGAAGGUGCUGGUGAAGCGGCGCGUCAGUUUGAUGAAGGAGUCCAUUAAUGGUACGAUUCACUGCAAACCCGGAGCAGCCGAGGCUUUAGUUCAGGAGAUUUACACACUACUGACCAACAGGAGGAUCCAGAGUGUCCAGGAGGAGGCGCUGGACUUCACCGAUCAGCGAUAUCAGGAGCAGCUGCCCAUGGUGGCUCGAGCCACGGCGUCUAAAGCCAUCAAAAACAACCUGCGUCUGAGUGAGGAGCUGGCCGAGCCCAACAUCAGCACCACCCAGAGGAAAAUCCAGAACAUCAUCCACCGGCACGUGGAGCUCCGGAGAGAGGAGAGGAGCCAGAACCCCCAGCGUUUUAAUGUGAAGCCCACGCUGGGAGAGCAGGCCGUCCGACUACCACCGUCACACACACACACCGCCAGCACCACAUGGUGACUGAUGGGAGUCGCAACACGCUCUGCAGGGAUCGGAUUCCGUCUCCGGCUCUACUUUGGAAAUAAAGAUAUUUUAGGAAAAGACGAUUAAAUAAUAAAUAUUUACUGAACGCACACAAUCUCCACUUCACAGCACAUUAGCCUCCGGUUUGGCAUCAUGACGAGUGUGUAAUGAGACAUGCACUUUUUUUUUUUGUGUUUAAUAAUUUAAGCUUCCAUUACUUUUUAGCUACAUUAGCUUUGUAGCUUCAGAGCAAAAAAAAAAAAAUUCAGACACUGAAGAUUCAAUUCAAUUCAAUUCAAUUCAUUUUUAUUUGUAUAGCGCUUUUUUACAAAGGUCAUUGUCUCAAAGCAGCUUUACACAAACAAAAGUAAAGUGAAGUGUGUGUGUGUGACGUCUCUGAUGAGCAAGGUGUUUUAGCUAAUCGAGUGUGUUUAGGGGAAACUUAAAGAACUUACAGAACGUCUGAGUAUUGUGCUUUAUGAAAUGACAUGUUGCAAGUGUCCAUGACCAAUAAUAAGCAUCACUAAAUAAAUCAACAUACACAAACAUGUUUAUUUCUGUAGUUUUAUAUACAUUCUUAAAAUGUUUGAUAAAAUAUUAAAAUAUUUGGGGGAAAUCAGAUACACAACCUCGCAGUAGGGAAAAAUUAAAUGAACAUGGUGAAUUUUUAAUUUGCUGUGUCAGCUAUAGUUAGCUGCUUGAGAUCUCUUCGCUUUUUAACUUUAAUUUCAUUAUUUAUUAUUUAUACCUCUUGGGUUUUUCUCUUGGUUUGGGCUACAGAGCGUUACCACGAUCUGUAAUAUACCACACUGGAUUUUCAUAAUAAUAAUAUAUCACUUGUAAAGUGAACCUGAACUUGGAAUUAAAAAAAAAAAAAAAGAUCUACAAUUAAAUUAUAUUUCCAGCUGUUUCUGUAUUGUGUUACAGGAAAAACUAAUUAAUUGUUUCAUAAAGUCUGUGUUUUUGUCCUUAUUUCUUAAUAUUAUGGACAUCAAUAUGACAGAAAUAAUAUACAGUAUAGAAUAAAAGUAGUUUUGGAGAUAUUUUAAUUUUAAUUCUAAUUUUAAUGUUUGUCACUUCCAGGAAAAUGAUGAAAAAUAUUUUGAUGACUCAUCAUGUACUAGUCUUGUGUUCAUCCUAUCAAAUACUCUCUAGAACGUAUAAGCCCCGCCCCCAGGGGUGUGUCUUGCUGUACAGUCGUGGCUCGUUUGCAGUAAACAUGGUCCAUCUGUGUAUUCCCUUUUCCACCCGAAAAUAAAUAUUUGGAGUUUAUUCAUGUGGAAGAGGGCGGAGUUUGUGUGAUUUGGCAGUCAUGUGACUUAGAGGAGUGUUUUACCAACUUGGAGAUGUUUAAUGCCAGAAUGUCGCUUCCUCAAAAUGAUGGAGAGUCAGUAAUAUCAUUUUAUCCAUUUUAUACACGUCA